GUGUCUUUAUUUUCCCCUACCUUUCACUCCGUGGUCUUGCUUCAGAUACCACUUGCGCCCCAGAGACCCUCCCCCCAGUUCCCCGCUUCCCAUCCUUCCCGGCCCGACCCCGAGUCGGAGCUGGCGGGAAGGAAACAGGCGAAUGGAGACCCCGCGGUGGGCCUGGUGCUGGGCCGGUGUCUCUAGUUGGUCGAGGGGACGAGACUGCUCGUUAUGAGGUUGAGAACUGUGGCGACAGCUGCCUUAUUUGUAGACAAAGCGCGUUUCUUCCUCCCCUCCCCCAUCCCGGAGCUACAUGAGGGGUCCUCCUCCCUCUCCCGGACUCGGUCGGCGACUCGGGCCUCCAGGGAGGGCUGUGCAUUCUCCCGCAUCCGUGCGGCCCGAAGUCCGGAGGCAGCGGCGGGCGCUCCGUUACGAGGCCGCCUUCGGGUCGGGGAGGCGCGGGCCCCGUGGCGCAGUGCCCUUGAGCCCCCGCGCCGCGGCCUUUGUUUCUCCCCGCGGAUGCGCUGACCAUGCGGCCCGCGCUCGCGUGUGGGGGGCGGGGGCCGGGCUCGAAGGCCUUAUUAAGCCGGGUGGGGCUGGGGCUUAAGGGCAGCGGCUGAACGUCCGGAAAGAGUAAUAGCUCUUCAAGUCUGCAAUAAAAAAUGGCCUCCAAUAAAACUACAUUGCAAAAAAUGGGAAAGAAACAAAAUGGAAAAAGUAAAAAAGUUGAAGAGGCAGAGCCUGAAGAAUUUGUUGUAGAAAAAGUACUGGACCGACGUGUAGUGAAUGGGAAAGUGGAAUAUUUCCUAAAGUGGAAGGGGUUUACAGAUGCAGACAAUACUUGGGAACCUGAAGAAAAUUUGGAUUGUCCAGAGUUAAUUGAAGCAUUUCUUAAUUCUCAAAAAGCUGGUAAAGAAAAAGAUGGAGCAAAAAGAAAGUCAUUAUCUGACAGUGAAUCUGAUGAUAGCAAAUCAAAGAAGAAAAGAGAUGCUGCUGAUAAACCAAGAGGUUUUGCCAGAGGUCUUGAUCCAGAACGAAUAAUUGGUGCCACAGACAGCAGUGGAGAAUUAAUGUUUCUCAUGAAAUGGAAAGAUUCAGAUGAGGCGGACUUGGUGCUGGCAAAAGAGGCAAAUAUGAAGUGUCCUCAAAUUGUAAUUGCUUUUUAUGAAGAGAGGCUAACUUGGCAUUCUUGUCCAGAAGAUGAAGCUCAAUAAUUGUUUGCAUUGCUUUUUAUAUAUAUUUAUACAUAUAUAUAAAAUCUGGGUCUCAGUUUUUUUUGAUUAUUAGUGUGAAGAAAUAAUGACAUUCUAAUGAAAAUCAAGUUUGAUAUGUUCGUUUUGAAGUAGUAUUGGGCAAGUUGUUGGGGAUUUUUGUUUUUUGCAUCUGUAGCACUGGUUACUUUGAACAAAUAAAAGCUUUCUGUAGUUGCUUCCUUUAGCAGAAAAGAACAUUUGAUACUAUGGUAUAUUAUUUCCUCGGCAUUAGAGAACAGCUUUUCUAAAUGUUGGGGAAAAUCUAUAGUCAUUGCUCAAUCAGAAUUUAGAAUUUGCAUUUAACUCAUAAAUGCUUAAGGACCAUUCUGGGUUUUUCAUGUGUGUAUACAUAAAAUACAUAAAUAUGUGGCUUGGGGUUUUUUUGUUUUGGGGUAUUUUUUAAUACAUUUACCAAAACAAAAAUAGCAUUUCACAACCAUGCAUAAUCCCAUGUUUCCGGGAUUCCAUAAUUUUAAGCAAUAUAAGAAAUCAUUUCGACUUAAACUGAAAUUUUUCAAGUCUUAACAUUUCAAAUUAAUUUUGUAAUUAAUUGGACAACUUUAAACAAUUUAAAUUGGACACUUUAAAGCAGCCAUAUCAGAAUCUGUAUCCAUAUCUACAGUCAUAUAAAUGCAGUUUUAUAUCAGAAUCCCUAAAAGGAAAAUUUUAUCACUACCAACAGCCUCCCCACUCAAAUGAAAAAACUAGAAAAAUCCUACUGUGUUUUAAAUAAGCCAAGCAACACUUAGUUAAAUGGACAUUUAAAGGUUCCUUCUGGUGAACCAUUACUUUACAAGAAGUUAAAAUCCCUGUGCUGUAUUAUAUUGACUGAAAUGCCAUGAUACAUGGAAUUUCUAAGACUUGUUCAUGGAAAUCUAAUCAGUUAAGUUAGCAAUUGAAGACCUGCAGGAAUAAAUGGAGUAAACUUUUGUAAUCUAAACUUCACCUGCAUGUUUUUUCUUUACCCCAACCCAUUUCUUAACUGUAGGCUCAGUCUUCUCAGUAUUUGGGUUACUGGUUCAGCAGAAGCCAGGAAAAACAAUAAUUUUGUAGUAAUCAGAAUGUUACUCAAUUGUAUAUUGUUUACUUUAUUGUAAAUAUUGGUGAACAGUGGUCAAUAAAUAGUUUUAUAUUCCUUUA